GGAAAACAUCCUUAUCCCGUUUCCUCAUAUUCGAUGAUAUCGUAUUGAAGCAGAUAAAGAAUUUCAUCGGAUAUGUGGCGAAGAAAUUUCCCUAAAGAUGCCGCAUCUAGGAUACAGGAAAUAUUCAAGUUAAACGAGAGGCCUCCUACCCACGACUUGGAGAGCAGGUCCGGCUUCGACAAAAAGGAACUGGAUGGGAUGAAGGAUGUUUUCCGCUACUUCGACAGGGACCAGAACAGGCAUCUCGACCAGAAGGAGCUGAAGGAACUCUUUAAGUACCAAGUCGGUUCUCAAAUCCAUGAACAGAACUUCCAAACGGUGUUCAAAAAGAUGGACCUAAACUCCGAUGGCGUGAUCUCCUUUCCUGAAUUUGUAAGCCACCAGUCCAGCAGAAACAAGGAACUGCCUACGACUAAAGUAAUCCACGAAAAUUUCGCCCUGUUCGACCGAAACGAAGAUGGGUUCCUCAACCUCGAUGAAGUUCGCCAUCUUCUCCUCUACAUGGGAGAAGAGGCUGGGCGAGUGGAUCUGAGGCAGCUCUUCGUGGCGGUGGAUAGUGACAAAGAUGGGCGUAUUACGAAGAAAGAAUUCCACAAAAUGAUGAGGGACUACUUCAAACGAUAAAACCCUCAGAGAUGUCUUGACCGUUUUAAAUAUGCAGUUAUCCAUGGAAGUUAUGAAGUUCAGCCAUGGAAGUUCAGACAGUUAUGAAUGGUCAUUAAGGUUGUGUUAUUUUAUUUUUCACUUCCCUCUGCCUUAUGGGCUUAUUCGAUGGAAAAAAGCAAACAACAUGUCUUGAAAAAAUCCUCCUACAUCAAAGAGAAGAAAAAGUAGAAAGAAU